UUCGGAACCUAUCCGGAUUUCCAGAAGACAACCGGAAGGAGGAAGGCAACGAGCCCCGUCCUUCUGGAAGAGAGGGAGGGGCUCUGGAGUCCCAGGGCUCGGUCCGCACAGUAAGUCGUUCCAAGCAAGGUCGCCAUCACCACGAAGUUUGUCCGCUAAGCCUCGAUGCGGGGCGGGCGGGGGUGUGCAGCGAGCCUGUCCGAUGGAAAGGAAGGAGAGUUGGCGAGAUUCAAAAGAUCCAAGGCGAGCAAUUCCGGGAGCAAAGCGUGUGCGGGGGCUUCGACGUCCAGAGCGGCCAAAGGGCCAGGCCUUUGGGAUCCACAGGGUGGCAACCACAGUUUCUCGAGGCGGGGGAAGUGGGUCCCGAUCUUUCUUUCGGUCGGGUGCAGCCGUCCGGCCAGCAGAGUGACUCCGGUUGGACCGGACUCCAGGUCGGAAAGAGAGAGAGAGAGAGAGGUCCGGCGAUCUCCGCGACUCCGUGCCCUCCGCGCGUCCGAUCCGAGACGGCAUUUUGUCUUCGACUGUCUCCCUACCCGAUCUCAGACGGGUCGGGAGUCUUCCGUGCCGGGCCGGUCGUUCUCGGCGUGUCCACUCUUUGGAAACCCCGUCUCUCGGUCCGUCCCUCCCGGCGACCUCUCGGAAGGCAGGGACACGCGUGGAUCUCGCCUCCUCCCCCCGAGUCGCAAAACCCGGACCUUCGGGCCUCGGACCCGGCCCGGACCUGCCCCGCGUCCUCGGCCAGACGCCUCCCCUCUCGGGGCCUCGGCACCCCGGAAGAGGAGCCCCCCCCCGCGCACCUCCCAUCCCGGGGAUCGAGUCGGACGGAAUGCAGAGGAACCCCUUGGGUCUCACCGUGUUUGUGGACCUCGUUUCGGGUGCCUCCGGCUCCCUGAGUGUGUGAGGUGGGACCCGUCCAGGCUGCUCCACCACCACCUGGGGCCACUUGGACCGUGCAUCCAAGCAACAGCUUCCUUCCUGGGAUAUCACUUUUGGAUUCAGUUGGCAAGAGGUUCCACCGUACCAGGAAACCUUCCGCACUGUGUCGGAUCUCUUUCCCCUCUGGCGCCUCACCGUCCCCGAGAAGGUCUCAGCUUCCCCCUUGGUGCGAAUGAGCGGAGAGAAUCGGCCCUUCGGAUGACCCGCCUCACUUGGCUGCAGUGGCCACCCUAGCACCUCGAAUAGGAUUGUGUCAACCCUUGAGAUCGUGGUUGGUGGGGGGGGGGGGGAGCAGGUGUCUGUGGCUCCUCGUCGCCCGCGGGCCAGGCAGGAGGGGAGGGCAUCUCGGGAGGACGGCCAGAUGGGUCGGUGGGGUCGAGAGAAGGGAUUCUUGAGAGAAUGGGGGAAAUGCUUAGAAAGGAAGAGGAAUGUAGAUGGCACCUGUGAAGCGCCCACUAGGCCCGGAGUCCGGUUGGAAGCAUCGGGGGGGAUACAAGAUGAGCGGGUCGGUCUCCCGUGGGGCUUACGGUCCUCAUCCCCAGUGGACAGAGGAGGCAACUGAGGGUCCAGAGACAUCCAGUGGCUUG